AUGGUGGUAUCAAUCGUCAACGAUAAUGCAGCGCUACCAACGGUAGUAGAUUCUGCUCUUACUACUCUUCAACCGAUCCGAGAUCUCGCCAAAAACUGGGAUAUAGAUAUCGCGUCUUGCCUCGAAGAAUAUCUGCAUGAUCUCGGCGACGACCUCGCCUUGGCAGAUCCCAACGGACAGCUAGACAAACUCAACUUUGCUCAAGCUGCCCUGGUUCUUCAAAACUCUUCGCAUGUCUAUAGUCGCAAGGUCGAGUACCUUUACUCACUCGUAUAUAAAGCGUUGGAUGACCUCGUGGCGCAAAAUGCGGCAUCUCUAAGCAACAUGCGCCGAUCCAAGCAUGGUGACUCGGAGAUUGACGAUUUCCGUGAAUUCGAUCCUCAUAGCGACUUUCUUUUAUUGGACGAUGUACUACCGACAGACAAUACCGACGACUGUCGUCAGAUCAACCUUCCAGAAAACGAGCUGGGAAACGAUGAAGCUGGGACGCCAAGGAACCGCUCAGGGCGUUCCCCCUUUCGUACUCCUCGUACAAGACUCAGCAUCUCCAACAGCCACGACAAAUCCUCCAUGAACGCGGCGGCCGCGCGCCUACUGAUGGGAGCAUUGGAUACUAGCUCUCUCCGCCUCUUAGAUGGACACUGCGAUAUGACGGCUUCAGGCUGCUUACUGCUCCCCGGAUCGCGCAUCAAUGCGUCGUACCUCCGCGAAGAUGAGCUUGAUCUAAAGCAGCAACGAAGUAUACUCUCUAGCCCACAAAAUCAUCCUGAUGAAGAUGAUGGUUUUCCGGCGAGCUAUGACGAUGGACUGGAUGACAAUGACGACAACAUUGGAUUUGCGAUGGCUGAUAAGGAAAAUGAAGCACACAGUGGAGUCCAUACGGAAAGUGGUGAUCGCCGCCAAGUUACUUUCGCUCACACCCUUCCAUUGAAGAACACAUCGAAAGAGGACCCCUGGAAACUUUUGGAUCCUCACGAGCCCGACUCGGUCAAAUCGCGCCCUCUUUGUAUUGGCAAAACAAUCCGGCUGCCCGCUGGUGUCGACGAACCACCAUCGGCUUGUGUCACUGGAGCACGUACCCGUCACGUCGCGCCCCAGCGUCGCCUUCGUGGGGUCAUUGACAAAGCUGUCGGUUACCCUUCGUUGGCUACUCAAACCUUUCGUUCCCUUCGAAAGCGAAAUCAUGAUGAUACACGCGAAGAGGACGCCGCACCGGAACGACCUGUGUUGCCUCUUGGGGGACUUGCUUUUGGCGACGAGUUUGCUUACAUAGCUAAGGCCAACGCCAAACGCAAGGCCGCAGAACGUCGUGAAAAGCGUAAGCUUGCCCUAUUACGACAGAAGGACGAGGGGCAUGUUGAUAGGUACGAUGACGACGACGAAGGCGGGUUUGCAUUCGGCGUGGACGACGACGAUAGUGAUCACGAUGACCACGGAGACUUUCAAAGCAACGGUGGAGUAGAAGGCAAUACGGGAAUGUCGAGUAUGGACGAUCUCUAUCGUAGUCAUGAACUUGAAUCGCAAACAUUCGAAGAACUGUGUCGAGCUCACCUAAAAGCUUUUGCCAACGGAGCAGAAAAGUACGCUUCCGAGACACAACUUUCCAAGCGUGUCAAUAUCUGGCAAGAAAAGCUUGCUCCCGUAUUAGAAGCCGAAGCUCAACGUCCAGUAUUCGAUAUCCACGAAUACGGUCGAAACGUCAUUGAUUCUUUGGAAGCUGUCAUUCGUAGAAAGAAAACAUCAGGGGAAAAGACGUCUUUUGCUCGUGUUGUUGAUUUUGCUUCCGUGGCGCGCAACCGACCUCAGUAUGAGGUUUGUCGACUUUUUUUGGCUUCACUCUCCCUAUCAAACUCAGGCAAUAUUUUACCAGUGCAGUCGGAUGACGACAAUUCUGGCAAUCACUUCAAACUGCAGCUGCUCAACACUGCCAUUGAUCGACCCAUGGAUACAUAUUUGGCUCCUAGCGUAUGUGUGAUAGCGCCGUAGAUGCUAAGCAUGCAGGAUGUAUACCUGUGUGGGAGUGUGACUUCUAUAAUAGCUAUAAAAAGCCUACU